CUAUAGCUUUGCUUUGUCUUUCUCCCUUCACUCAUAUGUUUCUCGUCUUAAGCUAACUCUUAUGUUCCUAUAUAUACCUUAAAAAACUUAUCAAUAACAAAGAGCCAAGAAUCCCAAUAAUGCUGCAUUCUUCAUCAUAUCUAUCUUUCACUCUUGUCUUUUUCUUCUGCUACAUUCUAUUCUCCACGCUCGCUUCGUCUUUGCCCGUUUCCGACCCUGAACUCGUUGUCGAGGAAGUACACAGGAAAAUAAAUGAGUCGGUAUCAAGAAGGAAGCUAGGGUUCUUCUCUUGCGGCACAGGUAAUCCAAUCGAUGAUUGUUGGCGAUGCGACAAGGAUUGGGAGAAAAACCGAAAACGUUUGGCCGAUUGCGGGAUCGGUUUCGGCAAAAACGCAAUUGGUGGUCGUGAUGGUGAAAUCUACGUGGUGACUGAUCCAGGGAACGACGAUCCAGUAAACCCUAAACCCGGAACACUAAGAUACGCAGUCAUUCGAGAUGAACCGCUCUGGAUCAUUUUCAACCGAGACAUGACGAUCCAACUAAAAGAAGAGCUCAUUAUGAACUCUUUCAAAACCUUAGACGGACGAGGAGCGUCCGUACACAUCGCCGGUGGGCCGUGUAUAACCAUACAGUACGUGACCAACAUCAUCAUCCAUGGUUUACACAUACAUGAUUGCAAGCAAGGUGGGAAUACUUACGUACGAGACUCGCCAGAGCAUUACGGGUACAGAACGGUAUCCGACGGUGACGGUGUGUCCAUCUUCGGGGGGAGCCACGUCUGGGUAGAUCAUUGCUCGCUCUCGAAUUGCAACGACGGGUUGAUUGAUGCAAUCCGUGGAUCAACGGCUAUAACCAUCUCUAACAAUUAUAUGACGCAUCACAAUAAGGUUAUGUUAUUGGGACAUAGCGAUACGUACGAACAAGACAAGAAUAUGCAAGUCACUAUCGCUUUUAACCAUUUCGGAGAAGGUCUCGUCCAAAGAAUGCCAAGGUGUAGACAUGGAUAUUUCCAUGUGGUGAACAAUGACUAUACACAUUGGGAAAUGUAUGCGAUUGGAGGAAGUGCUAAUCCUACCAUCAACUCUCAAGGCAACCGUUUCCUUGCUCCUGAUGAUUCUGAUAGCAAAGAGGUAACAAAGCACGAGGAUGCGCCCGAAAGCGAAUGGCAAGGCUGGAAUUGGAGAUCCGAAGGAGAUCUAAUGCUUAACGGCGCAUUUUUCAGGUUUUCUGGCGCUGGACCAACAAAAUCAUCAAGCUAUUCAAAGGCCUCAAGCCUAGCCGCGAGACCUUCCUCUCAUGUUGGUGAGAUAACUGUAGCCUCUGGUGCACUCAGCUGCAAAAGGGGUUCCCUCUGCUGAUCAUAUAUGUGUGCGCCGUGCGCGUGUGUGUAUAUACAUAUAAUUAUUGAAUCCAGCAUUUGAAAGCUAAGUAUGUAAUAAUCUUGAUGACAAAGUGAAAAACAAAAAAAAGUGUUUAUUACA